AUGGGUCCGUUCGGUCUCAGCGAGCUUUCCACGCUGGACUCUGGCUGGUCGCUGGCCACUGCUUGGUUGCUUGAUGCUUGCUUGGGUUCGCUGCGUACCCGCAAGGCCCGUCGAUAUCUUGCAGGGCAAUGCCGGCUGAGGGCCAAGAGGGUGGAGGAGAUCGACAGGAACUGGUUGCUGUUCUUGCAAACUGGCGUCGUCGUCGUGGUUAGGCCAGCCAGGAAAGACAAGACUCCGAAUGGGAAAAAGAGCCAAAAAAAACCCACGUCGACGAAAACGGGGCAGACGCAGAACGCACGCCAAUGCCUUGCAGGAACGGACGGGGCGCUAUCUCCAUCGUGUCCCCACGAACACGUCGGAAAGGUGAGACACGUCGAUGCUUCCUCUGACGUCGACGAGCAUGAAGUGGAAAAGAUGCAAGGACGCGACUUGUUUCCCAUGGGUCCUGGCGUUGGCCGUAUGAAGCAGAGAGAGCCAAUGACCAAGGUCGAGGUCGGUACCGGAUCAGGCAUGAACUCCAAAAACAAGAUGUAG